CUUCGCUCGUCAUUACGUUGGCAUCUCAGAAUUUUUAUCCAAUAUGUCUGCCUCAAACCCAUCGCAAGAAACCGAUCAAGGCGAGAGACUCAAACUCCCCGGCUUCGGUUUACCCGUCGAUCAGGAACCAUUAGACAACCUCUCCCAAUGCUUUAUGCACGCUCUCUGGUCAUUCAAGCGCUUCAAAGCUGAGUGUGUUUAUUUGCGCGAGCAUCGUAUGAUGGACUUCAUGAAUCAAGUCACAGACAAGCCGAGAUGGGAAGAGAAAGUCUUUGACGACGCGAUUCUUGCAAGGUGGAAAAAUGAGGCGGACUCUGUUAAACCGGAGGACCUCGAUGGAGAUGUAUUCUUCUCCGAGAAAAUGUUUCAAUAUUGCGUUGAGGAGCUCCGCGAAAAAGCCGAAACAUUCAAAAAGACCGGCAUCAUCAACGUUCUCGAUUCUGAGUUGGUAAUAGCUAAGUCCGAUACCAUCGUUCCGCCUUCAUUGAUGGAAGCUCUGAAAGCUGGUGUCAAAGUCUUGGAAGACGUGCCUGAAAGUAGCAAGGAUUGGCACCCUGGGUCAAACCGCGUAGUUCUUGACCUUGUUCACCCUUCUCUAUAUCCUCUAGACCAUGGCGUUACGCGCGUUUUGCCAUAUGGCAGGGUUCCUCUUCAAAACUGCGCUUCUUUCAUUGGCAAGGGCGAGACUACUGAACCGUUCAAGUUGAGUGCAGACGAUGAACCUGCUGCUGUAUGGGGGAGUACUCAAUGGCUACCAAGUGACCUUGAGUGGACUGAGACAGGGCUCAAAAUCGCGAGUUAUAUAAACAACUUGCACCCAUCUGAUCAUAGCGACUUAUACGGGGUUUUAGAGCAAUUCGCGACGUUGGCGGUUCCGUUGUGGGAGGAAUGCUUGUUCCGCAAUUCUGUCAUAAAGCCGCGAAUUGACGACUUCCCAGGUGGUAACGACGAUUUCUACUUGCCUGAGGGCGUAGAGUACGACAUCCCUGACGAGUACUAUGAGACAGACUCGGAAACAGGAGAGCGCGUGGUGGAAGGUAAUGAUUAUGAAUGGGAUAGCGAAUAUAGGGACUGGUUUGAUGAGCACAAAAUCCUUUCAUGGCCUGAACCAAGGCCCUACUCUUCACGAGCAAGGGAUUCGGACAGCAAGCCAAAUCUCAGAGAUGAAUAUCCCUCCGGUCUCCAGGUGAUUUUCAAGCUCGCCAAUAUCCACCUAACGCCUGAACGGCCCAACUAUGUGGGCGGUUCCUUGCACAUAGAGGGUGCUUUAAACGACCGAAUCGUCGCUACAGCAUUGUACUAUUACGAUAUGGAGAAUAUUACCGAAAGUCGUCUCGAGUUCCACCAAUAUAUGGACGCCCAAGAGUUUGGUAUGGGCCUGCCCCAGGGCGAAUGGGAGUCAGCCGCACGCUGGCUUGGUGUUGAUAACGAUUCCAGUCCCUUUGGGCCACUUGGCAUUGUGACCUCCAAGAUUGGACGACUCCUGGCCUUCCCGAACGUCUUUCAACACCAAGUACAACCCUUUGAGUUGGAAUAUCCUCUUAAACCAGGCCAUAGAAAGAUACUAGCUAUGUUCCUUGUCGACCCAAGUAUCCGCAUACUAUCAACGGGAGUCGUUCCACCGCAGAGAAAAGACUGGUGGGCACGUGAAAUCCGUAAUAUUACACCAUUCUCCGAAAUUCCGAUCGAGGUUUUUGAUAUCAUUAUGGAUUUUGUUGAUGGUUUCCCUAUGAGCUGGGAGCAGGCUUUAGCAACUAGAGAGAAACUCAUGGCUGAGCGUACCUGGGCAAGCGAUGAGUUCGAAACGAGAGGCGAGAGCUACGGGGGAUUUAAUUUCUGUGAGCAUUGAUAAUUGGGUAUUCCACUUGGAUUUUCAAGGAAUCAAACCGUAAUUUGUUAUAGAUACCCCCUAAAAUUAUUGUCCAUCUUAGUCAGCAUUAUUCAUCGUCUUGGCCUGAGCAAAGAAACUAGGCAGUUAUGGAUAGAUAGAACAGGGAAUUCAUAAAUAACU